CUUUCCGGGUUGAGCUCAUGGGGAGCGGUAGUUGCGCUGCCAGCUGACACCGAGGAGGGAGGUCACUCUCUCUAUCUCUCUCUCUCUCUCUCUGUCUGUGCCUGUAUCUCUCUGUCUGUGAGUGAGGCUGCGAACCGGAGCAUCAUCAUCACCACCAACAUCAUCAUCACCACCACCGCCAUCAUCAUCAUCAUCAUCAUGGCGGAUCAAGGCGAAGCUCCGGCCGCCGUCCUCCCGCCUCAGCAGCCGGCGGCAGCGCUGACAACCAGCUGGCCAAUAAGCCGGGAGUCGUACGAGCUGCAGGAAGUCAUAGGCAGCGGGGCCACAGCUGUGGUGCAGGCGGCCCUCUGCACCCCUAGACAGGAGCGCGUGGCCAUAAAGAGAAUCAACCUGGAAAAAUGCCAGACCAGCAUGGACGAGCUGUUGAAAGAAAUUCAAGCCAUGAGUCAGUGCUACCACCCAAAUAUCGUCACCUACUACACCUCCUUCGUGGUGAAGGAUGAACUCUGGUUAGUGAUGAAGCUUAUGAGCGGAGGCUCUAUGCUGGAUAUAAUCAAGCACACAAGCAAAGAAGAGGACAGAAAUCGAGCUCUGGAUGAGCCUAUUAUCGCUACUAUAUUAAACGAAGUGUUGGAGGGUCUGGACUACCUGCACAGAAAUGGACAGAUUCACAGGGAUGUGAAAGCUGGGAACAUACUACUGGGAGAAGAUGGAUCUGUUCAGAUUGCAGAUUUUGGAGUAAGCGCGUUCCUAGCCACAGGGGGCGAUAUGACCAGAAACAAAGUACGAAAGACUUUUGUCGGCACACCAUGCUGGAUGGCCCCGGAGGUGAUGGAGCAGGUACGAGGUUAUGAUUUCAAAGCAGAUAUAUGGAGUUUUGGAAUUACAGCCAUAGAGUUAGCGACGGGCUCCGCACCCUAUCACCGCUACCCCCCCAUGAAGGUUUUAAUGCUUACCCUACAGAACGACCCACCCACUCUAGAGACGGGGAUCGAGGACAAGGAAACGCUAAAAAGAUACGGCAAAUCGUUUAGGAAGCUAAUAACUAUGUGCCUUCAGAAGGAUCCUGCCAAAAGGCCGACAGCUGCAGAGCUUUUGAAGUGCAAAUUCUUCCAGAAGGCCAAGAACAAAGAAUACCUGAUUGAAAAGCUUUUGUGUUGUGCGCCAAAGAUUUCUCAGCGAGCGAAGAAGGUGAGGAGGGUCCCAGGCUCCAGCGGUCACCUGCACAAGACGGAGGACGGAGACUGGGAGUGGAGCGACGAUGAGCUGGAUGAGGGCAGCGAGGAGGGCAAGGCUGCAGUGAAUCAGGGCAGGUCACGAAGGGUCAGAGAUGAGGCCAAUGAUAAAGAGGAGGAUACCAACAAUGUUCCCAUUGAGGGGUUAUCUAUUCACCAUCCCCAGGUCGAGCCGUAUGGAGAGAAACCAGAAGGUGCUGUAAACAUGGUACUGCGGCUAAGGAACUCCAAGAAGGAGCUGAACGACAUCCGCUUUGAAUUCACUCCUGGCCGAGACACAGCUGACGGUGUUUCCCAGGAACUGUUCUCGGCUGGUCUGGUCAACGGGCACGAUGUGGUUGUUGUUGCUGUCAACCUUCAGAAGAUUGUCGAUGACCCGACUACAUACAAAGUAUCGACCUUUAAGCUGGAGUCUGGCUGUGAUGACACGGAGAUCCCGGACGAGGUGAAGCUGAUCGGCUUUGCGCAGCUGAGCCUCAGCUGAUGCUCUCUUUACGCCUAAAGCAGGUGAGACAGUUCAGGGCAGACAGACUGAGGAGCACACACCACCACUUCCUGCAACCUCCUCCCCAACACCCCCUACCCAUAAAAAAGCUCCUCCUCCCUCACUCCCCUUCACCUCCCCCGAGGCUAAGCUCUGCCGCCGCCGCCCUCGCCCCCUUAGCGCACACCUCCCUGCUCACUGCCCCCUGACCUUUAACCUUGACAACAUUCCACCGCCCAGCGCACGGAGCGGGAUCAGGAUACAGCCCAGGAACCUAAAGAUGAACUCAGGUGGUGAAAGAAGAUGAUAAAGAUGUAGCUUUGAAUGUUAUAUUUAUAAAAAAAAAAAAAUAUUUUCCUCAUUUUUAUUUGACAUCUCAUUACCUCUGUUUUUCCGCAGAAGCUCUCGGUAUUUAUUGAAAUUAGAACGAUUUAUAUUUUUAAUUCUCUCACACCUUUUUGUUGCCAUGGUAAAAAAAACAAAAUUUGCUUUAACUCUCAGACUCGCUCAUUUGUGACGUUUGUCUGAGGUCCGUGUCAGAAUGUAAGAGUUGAGUCAUUUACGGGGACAAGCACAUUUUUCAUAUUAACAUAAUGAAUGUCUAAAAAGAACAUGAAUUGUAUUUCCUCGUCAAGACCUGUUUUAAAUUGACGAGAAAGGAACCAUUUGCUUGAGUGUGCAGCUUUAAAAUAAGAAAAAGAUCAAAAAGAUGCGAGACCUGGAUGUUACUGUGUAUAAUUUGCUGCUCUCGACAGUGUUAUUGCUUCAAAAUGCUAGAGGUGCCUUGUUCAUUUUUCUGUGCCUAAGGAAGUAGUCAGAGAGUGAGACCACACAAAGACCAGAACCUGCUGAUUUUCCAUUUCACAAAUGUAUUACUCCAGCAAUGACACAGCUCACAUGAAAGUAUCUUAAUGACACACGCUACAAUGCACUUUUUGGGCCCCCCGCCACCCCCUCCCCCCUGACAAGCUGACGCUUAUGCCCCCCCCGGAGACAUGUUUAACUCGUGUGCUCUCAUCACAAGACGCAUGGGAAACAAAAAACAGAACCUGUGCUCAUGUAAUCCGCUCUGGUUUAUGCGUUUUGAGACGCCAGGCUAGCAAAGACAAAAAUCCUUUCACUCUGUCCUGCAGCACUACGAAACAUUCUUUUACUGUUCCCAAAAAUCAUUGUAGUUUUGAAAUGUACUGUACAACAACGCAUCUGAGGAUGAAAAACCAAAAGGCAUCUACUGAGAGGGUGACGAGCCAUUUGUCUGUUCAAACAAGUCCUGUAGCUCGGAAUCAUUUUUAAGUAUUGAGGUGGUUAAUAUUAACUUGUACUUAAUUCUUUAUUUUAUGACGUAACUUAUUGUUUUCUAUGUACAGUAUGUGAUCCAUUUCAGCAUAUUACCCCUGUUCCCUCUGUAAUCAGCUGAUGUCAAGUUUCUGACGAGGAGCGACGAAUAAAAUAUUGCUAUUAUUUAAAAAA